AUGGCAUUUUGGACAGGGAAUCAGACACAGGCACCUCAACAUGGAAAAUAUGGAACAGUUCCUGGACGAUACUACUCUCAAGUCUAUCCAGACAAGGGGCAUGUUGGAGAUUAUCACCAGUACUUACACGCGCAGCCCGACCGUGUGUGCGAGCCUAACUACUGGACGAUGCCAGGAUCUAGAACUGGAGGGGUGCUGCAAGACUACUCCAACUGGACCGAGCCAGGAGCCUCUCAACACUUCCCCUUCGCCUUAGAGAGCCAAACCCGGCGACAGGUUGCAGAACAGACAGUGCCCGAGCGAUCCGAGAGGGAGUGGCUGCUUAGAGAGAGGGAAAGAGAGAGAGAAAGGGUUUUACAAAGCCAAAGAUGGGAGUCCCUUGCUCACACCCAAAAUCCUGUUCACUACCGUAAGGAGGGAGCCAAGAGGAGCUUGAGUAGUAGCAGUUAUCGGGAGCUGGAGGCCUGGGCGGCCCGCUACUGCAACUCCCUCCCCAGGAGGAAGCGCCUCGAGGCGGGCCUGUGGGGCGCCGCUCAAGGGGCCACGACCAGUCCACAAACCCAGGACUGGGCAGGCAGAGGUUACGGUGGGGAAGCGUACCACAGGCAACCCCCAACCGCGGCCACCGUAGGGGCGCCGUUACCGUACGAUACGAGAGACUGGGGACAGUGGGAAAGACAGGACACCCGGCAGCCUCCGCCGUAUAAAGCUCCACCCCCCGCUGCAGUCCCUGACCCUGGAAAGACGCCCAGAGUGAAGGGAAAUGCCGCCAACCUCAGCCUCCAAAGGAGAACCUUCAGCUCCCCUCCUUGCUACAUCCCACCGCCACCCUACAGCACUCCACAGACAGCGAGUCAGUCAGCCCAACAGCAUCAACCUGCUAGGCCACAGUUCAGAGAAAACAUGCCUGCUUGGGACCCUGCUUGGGAACAACAGGUCAGGAACAGACAACAUUUGCAGAAUUACUGCACCCUGCCAGCUGUGAGGAGGCAUGACUACACGGUGCUACCCCAGAGGGAGAGGUGCAGCGCAGACGACAUGGAAGGACUGAAGUGGAGGAGGGCUGCUGAGAGCCACUUGGCAUAUGACAGGAGUGCAUACCACCAAGAUCCACUCAGGCUGAAAUCAUGGAACCCCACCACUGCUACCACAACAACACACAAUCAACAGCCUCAGGUGUACUAUCACCAUCAACCGCAGGGCCUUACUACGGAGCCCCAGGUGACACCGGUUCCAACCACCGAGGCACCACCAGGCCCUGAGGAGAACACUAAAAGCAAGCCGAAGAAACGAAGAGGAGGGGAGACGAUUUUUUGCUUGGUGUCACGCAUGGGUGGUUUAACAGGCCUCUCCAGCUCUCCAGAGGACCCACUCAAGGCCCAGUCUUUGCCCUUGUUUGCUGUGACUCCGCAUCCCGGGGUGCCCCAGGCAGCUCAGUCACAGCCGCAUCCACCACAGGGGUCAGAAGAGAGUCAGCAUCCACAACUCGCAGACGAGGUUGACUCUGCAGAAGCAGCAGCCCCUGACAGACAGCAGCCCGGCUCUGCUACCUCUGGUGUUCCGUCGUCUGACACACAUGGCCAUGGAAUGGACAAGGACCAGCGACCGAAACCCAGGGGGCUCCAGCACUGGAUGGAUGAUGAAAACGAGGCAGCGCACAGAGAGGAACUGCGGCGGGCCAUCCAGAGGUGUGGGUCAAAGCUCCAGGCGGCGAGGAGGAAUUUCAAUACCAUGGGCGUCAAAAGAGACGGCGCCGCGGAGACUCCCUCGAAAGGACAGGCCAAGACGUCCUCGCCGACAUAUCUCCCAGCCAGAAAGACGGACAUGCAGCAGCAGGAGCCACAAAGUGAUACAUCGGUGAAGUUCCCCUUGUGGAGACAGCCAAAGGUGCCCAGCCGAUCAAAUUCUAUGACAGAGAAAAAUAAUGACACAGGUAAAGAUGACAAUAGCGACAAUGGCAUUUUAGUAAUUGAUGCCACCUGUGUUGUUGUCAGGGUCGAGUUCAUCUUCCCCCCUAAGAAGGAACACGUUCAGUAUGUUUGUAAUCAGUCUGAACUUGAAACUCAACCAGAGUCAUUGAAUACAAACUUAACAGAGCAGAGAGAACACAUCGAGUCUCCUAAUUCUGACCUUCUGCAAUCACCAGAAACCAUCACAGAGAGCAAGUCACUGCAGGAUAGAGCUACAAGAAUCUUAGCAAUCCCAUGUUCAGAACCUAAUGGCCAGAACGCAGAUUUUGUUGAUCAGGUACGAACAGAGGACACAUUGCCAUCAAGCGAACCUAAUAAAAUGUCAGAUGAAUGCCAUGAGUGUCCUAUGGAGAGUGUGCCAGCAGUUGCCUCAUGUCAAGACACAGACAAACAGGACUCGGAAACCUGUAGUGAGCAUGCUGAUGCGACUGCGGAGAGUUCACUUGAAACUGAGACGAAUGGCUGUGGUGAAUCUGUAGUGAAUCGCUGUGAUGAGAACAGCACUCAACAACUACAUGAGGCCCAUGAGCAAGACGAAAAUGUGUAUAAUAGUUUCAGUGAUAGACAAGAGGAUGGUCUCGAUGCAGAAUCAGACAUGCUGAUCAGAACACCCACCGAACUCAGUCCGCACGUCGGUCAGGAGUCAGAGGAUCCGUUUAUUGAGGAGUUGCAGAUGCCCUCUGUAACAGUCUCCCUCACCUCAUCUAAAGACUGCUCAGACAGCACAGUGCAAUCCCUCUCUAGCUCUGUUUCACCAUCCACAUCCAGGUCUAACACGCCCUGUGAGUCCCUGCAUGAGGAAGGCUCCAUGGAGCCUACUGAGCCCUCCUCUCCACCUGAGUCCACCACAAACAAUGAAUACCUUUCCGAAUCAGAUAUGCUUCCAGCAAAUGUUGACGUUAUUGGGCCGCUGGUCACUCCAGCCUCUCCUACUCCAUCUCCGGACUGUAGGUUUCCAUCUCCGCCCUCCACUCCCUCCCUGCCCCUUUCUCCCUCCAUAUCCCCUCUACCCGUGCCAACUCCCCCUCCUCCGCCUCCUCUCUCUCCUCAACUUAUGCUUCUGACACCACCACCACCUCCGCCUCCGCCUCCUCCUCUGUCAAAUGUAUCCACCCCAUCUUCUACCACCCCACCACCCUCCAUCUCUCCUCCUCCUCCUCCUCCCUCAAGUCCCCCUCCUGUUCCUCUUUCUGCUCCUCCUCAGUCUCACUCAGGCCCUUCCACACCACUGGGCGCUUCUCCCAUACCACCCAUCAGCUCCAUCCCAGAUCCACCACCUCCAUCAAGCCCUUUACCAACACCUGAAAUUCAUGAAUGCCCUGAGUCUGUGUCCCGUGUUGAAGUGUCACUUCCUGUGACAUCAGCACCCCCUCCUCCUGUCCCCAAAGAGGAGGCUCAGUGCCCAAAGUCUCUCUGGGACGCUGUGCACCGCAUCCGUAAGCACACGGCACCAGACUCAGAGAACGAGGAGGAGGAGGCAGCAGAGUCGUGGGAAAACCCGGACAGUGUUGGCUCAGACAUUGUGGACUUAGACCUGGACGACGAUUCGAUGUUUGAUCAUGAAGCGUGGACUUUACAGGAAGUGACGUCACAAUACUGGAACGCUGCGGAACAUCAGUGCUCUACCAGUGACAGGAGUGCUUCUGCGAGUGGGACAGUCGCAGAGGGUGAAUUGGGAUCCUUCAAUCUGAUUAAACCGGGUAAAGGGGGUAGCAAAGGGCAUUCAGAGGAGGAUACCUUAUCAUGCAGCAGUUCGGACAGCCAUGCCUCCAGAGACACUGUUAUCAUGGGAGAUGGGGAGGGAGAAGGGGAGGAGGGAGAGGACAGGCUCUUAGAGACUGAGGCAGAGGAUGGCAGAGCAGAGGACUUCACAACCUUUUCAGACCAGACUGAGAGCUUGAAUGAAGAGCUUGACGUUAUCACUAAAACAUCACAAAGUGAUGACAACGACUUGGAUGGCAGCAAUGACACUGAUUUGGCGGGAAUGCACGAAACACCCAUGUUAGCCAGUGAAAAAGAGGGGAGCAAAGGAUCUGUCAAAAUCUACACCACUGAAGGAGUGGAGGAGAACAGGCAAUCAGAAGGUGUUACUGAAUCACAGGCUACCCUGUCCUCUGAUUAUGAUGCGUAGUAGACAGCAAUGUGAGGCAGUUAAAGACAGAAUAGUAAUUGAACCAGACAGGCUAAAUUAAAUGUCAGAGUUAUAUAGGACAUUUUAUGAAAUCAGAUUGGAAAUGGCACUGGUGAGAGUGCCAGGACGAGUUAAUCACAGUAACCGAGGUCUACUUAAAGUACAGCGAAAAUAGAUUAGUCUGAUGUGAAUAUUUUCCACUUUUACAGUCAGAUUAAGGGAGAGUACAGUUGAAAAAAGAGAGAAUAGACAUACUGUGUAUUGUACAUCUAACAGUAGCCUAGGGUAAGAGGUAUAUUAAAUGCAUACAGUUUCGUGAUGUUCCCUAACCUAUCUGUUCUGGAAUCUCCAUGUUCCUUUGCUGUGUAUAGUCCUA